AUGAGACGAGUGGUAGCGGCGCUGGUAGCCUUGGAAUAUGCCGCCCAAGCAACAACGGCAUCUCGCCCACGAGGCGUAGGCCCCGAAUUCGCCAAGUUCUACGAAGACUCCUCCUCUUUCACUUGUAUAUCGAACCCGAAAGUCAGCAUUCCCUUCUCCCGCGUCAACGACGACUACUGCGAUUGCCCGGACGGCUCAGACGAACCCGGCACCGCAGCCUGCGCGCACCUCUCGCCCCUCUCACCACACACACCCGCAGACAGCGCGGCGUCGUCUGCUGUAAAUACCACCGCAGCCCUACCCGGGUUCUACUGCAAGAACAAGGGCCACAUCUCCAGCUACGUCCCCUUCACGAACGUCAACGACGGAAUCUGCGAUUACGAUCUGUGCUGUGACGGGAGCGAAGAGUGGGAAGGCAUAGCAGGGAAGUGCAAAGACAAGUGCGAUGAGAUCGGCAAGGAAUGGCGGAAACACGACGAGGCGAGGCAGAAAGCCGCGGGCAAUGCGCUUAGGAAGCGGAAUGAGCUCGUGAAGGAGGCGGCGCGGUUGAGGCAGCAGGUGAAGGAUCGGAUUCAGACGCUGGGGACGGAGAUUGAGGGGUCGGAGUUGAAAGUGAAGGAUUUGGAGAAAGAGUUGAGUGAGACGCAGAGGAGGGAGGCGGGGAAGGUGGUCAGUGGUGGAGGGGCGUCGAAGGGUGGGAAGUUGGGGCAGUUGGUGGAGAUUGGGAGGCGGAGGACGGAGGAGUUGAGGACGCAGUUGGGGUCGGUGAGGGGGGAUUUGUUGGCGAGUAGGACGCGGUUGGAGAAGUUGGAGGAGGUGUUGAGUAAAUUCCAUGAGGAGUACAAUCCCAACUUCAACGAUGAGGGUGUCAAGAGAGCUGUCAAGGCGUGGGAGGAUUACAUUGCCAGUUAUGGUGUUGGCUCGACGCCCAACUCUGCCAACGAGCGUGAUUUGGAGGAGAUCAUGAAGGAGGACAAGGAGAAUGGUCUCGAUUGGGAUAACUAUGCCGAGGAAGAGGAAGACGAGACGGCAGUUUUAUACUCCUUCACCAACUACCUCCCACCCACCCUCCGCGACUGGGUCGACUCCAAACUGCGCGACCUCCGCCAAACGCUCAUCGACAACGGCAUCCUGGCCUCUUCCCCCAGCGGCAACGCGAACGAAAGCAAAAAAGUCACCGACGCGCGCAACCGCCUCGACGCCGCGAAAAAGACCCUCGAAGACCACCGCAAAGACCUGCAAGACAACACCGACGACCUCGCCAAGGACUUCGGCCCGGACGACGUCUUCCGCGCGCUCAAGGGCGUCUGCGUCGAGACGGAUUCGGGCGAGUACACGUACGAGCUGUGUUUCCUGGAGAAGACGAAUCAGAAACCCAAGAAAGGCGGCGGACACACGAACAUGGGGUCCUUCGUGCGCAUGGAGAAGGUCGUCGUGGACGAGGAAUUGCCCAGCAACGGGAAGGGUUUGGGCAGUGGGGAGCGGUACGCGAUGAAGCAUGAGAACGGCCAGCAUUGCUGGAAUGGGCCCAACCGUAGCACGACGGUGAUUUUGGCGUGUAGUGAGGAGAAUGAGAUUUGGAAGAUUAUGGAGGAGGAGAAGUGUGUUUAUCGUAUGGAGGUGGGGACGCCGGCGGUUUGUGAGAGGAGGAAGAAGGCGGCGGACAGCAAGGGGAAGGAUGAGUUAUAG